GAUGACAACCUUUAUUUUAGGUUAUAUUAUUUAAGUAGGCAAUAUAAUAUAGACCAAUGAUUGUCUUAUCUUUAGUGAGAAUAGCAUAUGGUACCCAUCCACCCACUGUGACUCCUCCUCACAACAAAUAACAUUUAAAUUAAAUGUUAUGUUUGUAUCACCAUACAUAUAAUGGUGUAUAUUGAUGCAUGCAUGUAUCAUAUGUAGAGAGAGAUCUAUAAAGCUUCAUAAAAGUGUUUCUCUAGAAAAAACGACAAAAUUCGCAGAGAAAAUCCAAACCAAAAGUAGUUUUGUAACAGAGAGAUAGAUAGAAAGCUCUUGAAGAUCUAACCAAAAUCUACUUUUGUUCUUCUUCUUCUUCUUUUCAUAAAUUUUCGGAGUGGUCCUAUUUAUUGUUUCUUGGAUCAUUAGAGAGACAGCUAUCGAUGGAUGAAGAUGGAAACUUGCAGAUUAGUAAUAGUAAUUACAAUGGAGAAGAAGAAGGAGAAGAUCCAGAGAACAACACUUUGAAUCAACCACUGCUUAAGAGACAUAGAACUCUUUCUUCAACUCCUCUUGCUUUGGUCGGUGCCAAGGUUUCACACAUCGAGAGUUUAGAUUAUGAAAUAAACGAGAAUGAUCUGUUCAAGCAUGACUGGAGAAGCAGAUCAAAAGCACAAGUGUUUCAAUACAUAUUCUUAAAAUGGACAUUAGCUUGUCUUGUUGGUCUCUUCACUGGUCUUAUCGCUACUCUCAUCAACCUUGCUGUCGAAAACAUCGCCGGUUACAAACUUCUCGCCGUCGGCUACUACAUUGCUCAAGAUAGGUUUUGGACAGGUCUGAUGGUCUUUACGGGGGCGAAUUUGGGUCUGACUUUGGUGGCGACAGUACUUGUUGUUUACUUUGCUCCUACGGCGGCUGGUCCGGGGAUCCCUGAGAUUAAAGCUUACCUUAAUGGCAUUGACACUCCCAAUAUGUUUGGUUUUACCACCAUGAUGGUUAAGAUUGUUGGAAGUAUUGGAGCGGUUGCAGCUGGACUUGAUCUUGGUAAAGAAGGGCCAUUGGUUCAUAUUGGAAGUUGCAUAGCUUCUUUGCUUGGUCAAGGUGGUCCAGAUAAUCACAGAAUCAAAUGGAGAUGGCUUCGUUACUUCAACAACGAUAGAGAUCGAAGAGAUCUUAUUACAUGUGGAUCUGCCUCUGGAGUAUGUGCUGCUUUCAGGUCACCAGUAGGAGGAGUACUUUUCGCUCUUGAGGAAGUCGCUACGUGGUGGAGAAGCGCUCUCUUGUGGAGAACAUUCUUCAGUACAGCCGUUGUGGUGGUUGUAUUAAGAGCGUUCAUUGAGAUUUGUAACUCCGGGAAAUGCGGACUUUUCGGCUCAGGAGGACUCAUUAUGUUCGAUGUGAGUCAUGUAGAGGUUAGGUACCACGCAGCAGAUAUAAUCCCAGUCACAUUGAUUGGAGUCUUUGGUGGCAUUCUUGGAAGCUUGUACAAUCAUCUUCUGCAUAAAGUUCUCCGGCUUUACAAUCUCAUCAACCAGAAGGGAAAGAUUCAUAAGGUGCUUCUAAGUCUUGGGGUAUCUCUAUUCACAUCAGUUUGCUUGUUCGGUCUUCCUUUCUUAGCGGAAUGCAAGCCUUGUGAUCCUUCUAUAGACGAGAUAUGUCCAACAAACGGAAGAUCAGGAAAUUUCAAGCAAUUCAACUGUCCAAAUGGUUAUUACAACGAUCUAUCCACUCUGCUUCUCACAACCAAUGAUGAUGCAGUCAGAAACAUUUUCUCUUCAAACACUCCUAAUGAGUUUGGCAUGGUUUCUCUCUGGAUAUUCUUUGGCCUCUACUGCAUUUUGGGUCUUAUAACAUUCGGUAUAGCGACACCGUCGGGUCUCUUCCUACCGAUUAUCCUCAUGGGUUCUGCAUACGGUAGGAUGCUAGGCACAGCAAUGGGGUCUUACACAAACAUAGAUCAAGGGCUUUACGCGGUUCUUGGUGCAGCUUCACUCAUGGCUGGUUCAAUGAGAAUGACUGUUUCACUCUGUGUUAUAUUUCUGGAACUCACCAACAACCUUCUUUUGUUGCCCAUUACAAUGUUUGUGCUUCUGAUAGCUAAAACAGUAGGUGACAGCUUCAAUCUAAGUAUCUACGAGAUCAUUCUCCAUCUUAAGGGCUUACCUUUCUUGGAAGCAAAUCCAGAGCCGUGGAUGAGGAAUCUCACUGUAGGUGAGCUUAACGACGCUAAGCCUCCGGUUGUAACACUUAACGGAGUAGAAAAAGUGGCAAAUAUAGUCGAUGUACUAAGGAACACAACGCAUAACGCAUUCCCAGUCUUGGAUGGAGCAGAUCAAAACACUGGCACAGAGCUCCAUGGUCUGAUCCUAAGAGCUCACCUUGUGAAAGUUCUGAAAAAGAGAUGGUUCUUGAAUGAGAAAAGGAGAACAGAAGAGUGGGAAGUUAGGGAAAAGUUCACACCGGUUGAAUUAGCUGAGAGAGAAGAUAACUUCGAUGAUGUUGCAAUCACAAGCUCAGAGAUGCAAUUGUAUGUUGAUCUUCAUCCUUUGACCAACACUACACCUUACACAGUGGUGCAAAGUAUGUCAGUGGCUAAAGCUUUGGUUCUGUUCCGGUCAGUGGGUCUCAGACAUUUACUGGUGGUUCCCAAGAUUCAAGCUUCAGGGAUGUCACCUGUGAUAGGGAUCUUAACAAGGCAAGAUCUCAGGGCUUAUAACAUUCUACAAGCAUUUCCUCACUUGGAUAAACACAAAAGUGGAAAAGCUAGAUGAAUAAGCCAAAAUGCAAAGAGCGUUCACUAUUAUUUGGUUUGUGUGAUUCGUGUGUCUUUCCACAUUCUUAGUUGAUAUAUAUUCUGUCCAGUUUUGCUUGCAUUCUUCCUUCAAGACCAAAAACAAAUUAUACCAUUUGGUAGAUUUGUGUUUUCUACUUGUAAAUCUCCUUUUUUUUCCCCACGUUUUCAGUUUCAAAAGAAGAAGAAUAAGAAAUUUGAAUACAGAACAAAACUUUGAAGCUUCCAUGGAGUUCACAAAUCUUUUAAGGAAUUGUGUUAAAUAAACAUCUUUCUAUGAGAGAACGGAUAUGAAAAUAUUACUUUCUU